UCAAGUAAUGACGGCAGUCACAGAUUUCACAAUUCCCAGUCAGAAAUGUUGGCUUGAAUCAUCACCAGCCGCUUAUUAGGCCGAAGUCUUUUCCUGGUCAUGCAACUCCCGUUCAUCGAGAUCCAAUAGAUUGGUCUAGAAUGACAUAAAAUAUCGACCAUGGCUGGAGCCAAAUCCAAAGACGAAACUGACAGCCGCAUACGAGCAGCCGCCCUAAAACAAGCUCACGAUAUCGAGGGCCGCAAAAGACUCAAGGCCAAGAUCGCGGAUUUAAUUGUCGACGCCUACGAUCUUCCUUCGAAGCCAGACGUUGAUCCUGCACAUCCCAUCUCCGCAGAUGCAACACUAUUCAAGCAAUGCCUGAGUUUAUGGCAACCCUCGGAUCUGGAAGAUCUGAUAUAUGAGCGAAACGUUGAUGACAGAUGUGGGUAUGCUCUCUGUCCCAAGCCCAACCAAAAGGUUCAAGGUGGUGGUGUCAAAGUCUGGAAUCGCAAAGGUGGCAAGGAGUUCAAACUCCUCGAUAAAGCCGAAUUAGAGAAAUGGUGUUCAACAGCCUGCCAGGAACGAACCAUGUUUGUGAGAGCUCAACUUGGCAACGAGCCUGCGUGGCUCCGUGAUGUGAGUCCAGUUGACAUUAAGCUUCUUGACGAAAUGGGUCAGAAUGAGAGCCUAGUCGAUUCUCUCCAGGCACUGUCAAUGUCUCCUGGCGUGGACGACGGCAUGGCGGAGAAAUUACAAGCUCUGGCGCUCGAGCGAGGAGCAUCAUCGAUUCCAGACGAUAAGAAGCCCCUAUCCAUUGUUGAAAGAGAAAGCGGUGCUACUCCGGCAGCCCCAUCACUUGGAAAUAGUUCGAAUCUGGUCGAGGGACACCGUCCUAAAAACGUUCGAUUUCAACACUCGUGACUCUGCAAAGGCGCUGGAAGGACAAUGUUGCAAGCGCAGUGUUCAGUAUAGCUUCACGGUGCAUGACGAUAGCAAUUGGCGCAUCUCGGAGUUGGACCUCGCAACAUUGUUUGGAUAUUCAAAUUUUGAUGAUAAUGCGGAGCUUUGUCACAGGUCAUGUUUCAGAGACAAUCAAGUUCUGCGCCUGAUAUCUGAAUCGUAAAUUCGCCUGCAUUGCGCAGCUGGAGGGGCUGGGAAAUUUGGAAAGCACAACAAAAAGGGCCAAUCCUCAAUAAUCCAAGACCAAUGUCAAUCCUCAUACACGACAGCUCCGUGUCGGGGUAUAAUAUUAUGUAGGUAUUAUUGACCAAAUGCGAAGUACGCCCGUUCUAG